AUGGAGACAGAGAACAACAAUCAGAUCGCCUGUCUAGACGUUCUGGUCCAUCGCAAGGUCAACGGGUGCCUGAAAACGACGGUCUACAGAAAGGCCACUAACACGCGCCAGGUCCUGUCCUACCACAGCAAUCAUCCGUUGUGUCACAAACGAAGCUGUGUUCGAUCUCUCUACAAGAGAGUUGACACUCACUGCAGCGAACCGACCGACAAGAUAGCCGAAUUCCCCUAUCUACGGCGGAUGUUCAACUCUAACGGUUACCCCCGCAGCUUUAUUGAACGCAGCAGACUGUCCAGAACAACCAUGAAGUCAACGGCAAAUCAGCCGAAAGUCUGGCGAGCGCUGCCAUACAUUGCGAAUGUUUCCGAUGCAGUUGCUUGUAUUUUGCAACCAUUGGGUAUCGGCAUCGCCCACAAACCCGAAGCGACAAUUAGACGUCUGGUCAUGAGACCAAAAACGCCCCUGCCACGAGGCGAGACCGCCAAUGUUGUCAAUCGGAUCCCGUGUAGUUCCUGCGAAGCCAACUACGUUGGGGAAACUGGGAAGAGAUUGCAGACCCGCAUGGACGAGCAUGCAAGAGCGGUGAGAAGAAUGGAUCAGCUCUCGCUGGUGGCGGAACAUUGCGCAGCUUUUGACCACGCCUUCGCCUUCCAAGACGCCGAAAUCUUGGGCCAAGGGAGCGAUCAAUCGGUCAGGGAGACGCUCGAAGCCUGGCACAACACAACUACCUCGAUCAACCGCUGCGUAACUUUGCCGGCCGCCUACCAAGCCCUAAGGGCGAAAUUCAAUAAGCAGGGCUACCGACGAGGCGUCAGGCCAGAGACGGCAGCAGUCGAACCCAAACCCAGCGGGAAAACAGACGUGCAUAGACAGGAAUCGGGAACCGACGAAACCAAGGGACAACCGUCGACGAACACAAACCUAAGAGACCGCCUUCUGGGUCCGAACACAGACAGACGCCAGCCCCUGGGGAGAGCACCAGACAGUGACAGGACCCGCCAGCCCGACGUCAACACCGGCAUGACAACCACCAUCAACACAGUUACGGACAGGUGUGAACGGGGCAGCGAUGCGGGAACCCACGACAGUGACAGGAACCUCCAGCCCGACGUCAACACUAGCAAUGGUAACCACCGUCCACACGGGUACGGGCGUGUGCGAACAGGGCAGGAAGGCGAGAUGCGCGGAGUGCAGACAACGGACAAUGCAAACAAGAGCAAUGGCCGCGGUCGCCCUGAUGCCGCUCCCCUUCUCACACCCGACAAAGAAUGA